CAGCAGAGGGCUGUGAACAUGGCCUGGGCAGCAGGCCGCCUUGGUGCCCUCGGGCUGCAGCUGCUGCUCUCAGGGCUCUGCCUGUGCCUGGCUCAAAGGGGUCCUCCUGGCCAGCCGGGGCCACCCGGGCCUCCGGGACCCCCUGGAGUUCCAGGCAUUGACGGCAUCGAUGGUGACCGAGGUCCAAAGGGUCCCCCAGGUCCUCCGGGUCCUAUAGGAGAACCGGGGAAACCAGGAGCUCCAGGCAAGCCUGGCACACCAGGAGCUGAUGGAUUAACAGGACCUGAUGGAUCCCCUGGCUCUGUUGGACCAAGGGGACAAAAAGGAGAACCUGGUGUGCCUGGAUCUCGCGGAUUUCCAGGCCGUGGUAUUCCUGGACCCCCGGGUCCUCCUGGGACAGCAGGACUCCCUGGAGAACUUGGCCGAGUAGGACCUGUUGGUGAUCCUGGGAGAAGAGGACCACCUGGCCCCCCUGGACCUCCAGGACCCAGUGGAACAAUUGGCUUUCAUGAUGGAGAUCCUCUGUGUCCCAAUUCCUGCCCACCAGGUCGCUCUGGAUAUCCAGGCCUACCAGGCAUGAGGGGUCAUAAAGGGGCUAAAGGAGAAAUUGGUGAACCAGGAAGACAAGGACACAAGGGUGAAGAAGGUGACCAGGGAGAGCUGGGAGAAGUUGGAGCUCAAGGACCUCCAGGAGCUCAAGGUUUGAGGGGCAUCACCGGUGUUGUUGGGGACAAAGGUGAAAAAGGCGCUCGUGGCUUGGAUGGAGAACCUGGGCCUCGGGGUCUUCCUGGUGCACCUGGUGACCAAGGACAGCGAGGGCCUCCUGGAGAAGCAGGUCCCAAGGGAGACAAAGGGCCUCAAGGUUCUAGAGGAAUCCCUGGCCCCCCUGGACCCAAAGGAGACACGGGCUUGCCAGGCGUGGAUGGCCGUGAUGGAAUACCUGGAAUGCCUGGAACAAAGGGUGAACCAGGGAAACCUGGACCUCCUGGUGAUGCUGGUCUGCAGGGGCUACCAGGUGUACCUGGACUUCCUGGGGCAAAGGGUGUUGCUGGAGAAAAGGGUAACACAGGUGCACCAGGAAAGCCUGGUCAACUGGGAAACUCAGGAAAACCGGGCCCACAGGGACCUCCAGGAGAGGUGGGACCGCGAGGACCCAGGGGCCUUCCUGGCAGUAGAGGAGAAGUAGGACCAGCUGGAGCCCCAGGUCUUCCAGGUAAAUUGGGUUCUGUUGGGAGCCCUGGCCUUCCUGGCUUGCCUGGGCCUCCUGGACUUCCUGGCAUGAAAGGUGACAGGGGUGUAGUUGGGGAAACUGGUCCAAAGGGUGAACAGGGGGCCUCUGGUGAAGAAGGAGAAGCAGGAGAGAGGGGUGAAUUUGGAGACAUAGGAUUGCCUGGCCCAAAGGGAUCUGUGGGGAAUCCUGGAGAGCCUGGUUUGAGAGGGCCUGAAGGUAGCCGGGGGCUUCCUGGAAUUGAAGGCCCCAGAGGACCGCCUGGCCCCCGAGGCGUACAGGGAGAACAGGGUGCCACUGGCCUGCCCGGCAUCCAGGGGCCUCCGGGUAGAGCACCCACAGACCAGCACAUUAAGCAGGUUUGCAUGAGAGCCAUACAAGAACAUUUUGCUGAGAUGGCUGCUAGUCUCAAGCGUCCAGAUUUGGGGGCUUCAGGCCUCCCUGGAAGACCUGGUCCCCCUGGCCCCCCUGGUCCUCCUGGAGAGAAUGGUUUCCCCGGCCAGAUGGGAAUUCGUGGCCUCCCUGGCCUGAAAGGCCCCCCUGGUGCUCUUGGUUUGAGAGGACCUAAAGGUGACUUGGGAGAAAAGGGAGAGCGUGGCCUUCCAGGAAGAGGUCCCAAGGGUUUGCCUGGAGCAACAGGUCUCCCAGGUGACCCAGGCCCUGCCAGUUAUGGGAGAAAUGGCCGGGAUGGGGAGCGAGGCCCCCCUGGAGUGGCAGGAAUUCCUGGUGUACCUGGUCCUCCUGGCCCACCUGGCCUUCCUGGUUUCUGCGAGCCGGCCUCUUGCACCUUGCAGGCUGGUCAGCGAGCAUUUAGCAAAGGGCCUGAUCAGUGAGAGGCUGCAUAUUACAAGGCUGUCUGCGGCAUCUGCACUUGGUGAAGGAGCUUGGCAGAGGACUACCCUGCAAAGCUGGGGUAGAGAUGGCACGCAUUACCUUCAACAUGAUUCCAGAAGCCCUACAACCAGAGUUAGAGCGUUAGUGCUAUUCAACUAGUCCUCUUUCCUCUUGGAGGGAAGAUGAUGAAGUCAGUGGUAACAGAAAAGGAAAAGCCAGAAACUUCCCCAUGUAAAAACAGAGUCCUAUUCCUAAGAUCUUGAACUUCAGUGUGCUAUUUAUAUAUGUGAUUCAUAGUGGGCUACGG